AUGUUUAGGUUGGGGCAAUCGUUGUGCACAGCUGCGCGGAGCCAGUGCGGUGUGGUCGAGUUAAAGCAUUUAAAUCACGUAUUUAAAAAUACAAGUCGUGCUAGUAGUAACACAAUGGCUGAAAAAUUCAAAUUACCUGCGAGGUAUGGAGCGGGCGAAAAAAGUGUUUGGGUUGAAUACAUACAACUGGCAGCUGAAUACAAGCCUGCAGUAAACUUGGGCCAGGGUUUCCCUGACUACCAUGCACCUGAACAUGUCACGAAGGCUUUGAGUGAAAUCGCAACCGGUGACAAUGCCUUGUUAAAUCAAUACACUAGAGGAUUUGGCCACCCUCGACUUGUGCAGAGUUUAAGCAAGUUGUACUCUCCGUUAGUAGGACAGAAAAUAGACCCGUUCAAUGAGAUCCUUGUCACAUACGGUGCUUAUGAAGCACUAUAUUCUGCCAUUUUAGGACAUGUGGACCAAUGUGACGAGGUGAUAGUAAUAGAACCUUUCUUCGACUGCUAUGACUUCAUGAUCAAAGCUGCGGGAGGCGUUCCCAGGUUCAUAGCGCUUAAUCCCAAAAAAACAUCAGGCACAAUAACUUCAGCAGACUGGGUGUUAAAUGAGGAGGAAUUGAAAAGUCUCUUCAACGAACGUACGAAGAUGAUCAUCCUGAACACCCCCCACAAUCCUAUUGGCAAGGUGUUCACCAAGCAGGAGUUGGAGCUGAUCGCAGACCUGUGCAAGCAGUACAAUGUAUUGUGCUUGUCCGAUGAGGUCUAUGAAUGGAUGGCCUAUGAACCUGCUCAGCAUAUUAGAAUCGCUUCACUCCCGGGUAUGUGGGAGCGUACCAUCACGGUGGGGUCUGCGGGCAAGGCGUUCUCAGUGACCGGCUGGAAGACUGGCUGGGCGUAUGGCCCCGCCGCACUUAUGAAGAAUCUGCAGGUCGUGCACCAGAACUGUGUCUACACCUGCUGUACUCCUAUACAGGAAGCGAUAGCCCGCUCCAUGGAGUUCGAGCUGGCCCGCUUUGAUUCCCCCGACUGCUACUUCAAGGCGUUGGCUCGGGAGCUGAUGCCCAAGCGGGACCUGCUGGUAGAAACCCUCAGAGAGAACGGCUUCAAGCCCACCGUACCAGAGUCUGGAUACUUCAUCGUCGCUGAUUGGACUAAAUUGGCAAACAAAAUAGAUCUUUCACAAGAGCCGGACAAGUACAAGGACUACAAGUUUACGAAGAAGUUCGCCAAAGAGACCGGCGUACUUGCCAUUCCACCUACAGCAUUCUACUCGGAGCCACACAAGCAUUUGGGAGAGGACUUCGUCAGAUUUUGCUUUAUCAAGAAAGACGAAAACUUAUGCCUGGCGAAGAAACUUAUCACGGAAUGGAAUGUUAAGAAGAGCAACUAA